CAGUAAUCACUAAUCAGUUCGGUGUUGUUUUUCGUUGCGUAGCGGUUGUUGGGGAAACGAAGGGUUGUUUGUCUUAUUUACUUGUAAUUUAUAGUGAUAGUUACUGAAACUAAUAGUCCACUCGUUUGUAUUUCACUUAUAAUUAUUGAUACUUAAUGCAAUGUUUGGUGAAAGUAAUUCAAUUAACUUAGAAGUGCAGUUGUAACAAAAAUAUAAUUUGUGAAUUUGUUUUGUGUUAACGUUGCAAUGUAAAGUGCACAUUAGUGUUUUAAAAAUGGGAUAUACAUCAACCGCCGGCAGGGCGGCGCAUGAAGCGUUGUUGGCUCGUCAUGAUGCAGAGCUACGUCUUAUGGAAACCAUGAAACGUAGUUUGUUAGCUAAGAUGAAAAGUGACCGGGAGUAUGCACUCGCCCUCUCUGCAGUUGCCGCGCAAGGACAAAAGAUGGAUAAAUGUGAAGAAUUGAAUGGUUCGGUGAUCGCGUCUGCUUGGCGUACAAUGACUGAAGAAUGGGAGGCCACAAGCCGUCUUAUGAAGGCUAAUGCCGAAGCACUGGAUUCACGCGCACUUGACCGCCUCAACACCCUUAUGACAGAGAGGCGGAAGGCUCGGAAGGUGUAUCAGGAAGACCAUACUAAAAUAUCAUCCCAGUUCACACAGCUCUCGGAGGAGGUACAACGGAAACAGAGCGAAUACCAGAAAUGUCUCGAGUCGUACAAGCAGAUGAGGGCCAAGUUCGAGGAGAAUUAUCUCAAAUGUCCUACGAGCCGCGGCGGUCGCAAGCUGGACGAGACGCGCGACAAGUACAGUAAGGCGUGCCGCCGGCUGCACCGCGCGCACAACGAGUACGUGCUGCUGCUGGCCGAGGCCACCGAGUGCGAGCGGGCGCUGCGGACCGCGGCGCUGCCCGCCCUGCUGCACCAGCAGCGGCGCCAAGGAGAGGCCACUGCCACCUCCUGGAAGGGCAUCCUGCUGGAAGUUGUCCAGCGAUCCGACUACAGCACGGACAAGUUCCGUGAGAUCCAGAGCAAAAUAGAAACCACAGUACAGAACAUCAAACCGCACGAGGAGUAUAAAGAGUUCAUGGAAAAGUACAAAACGCCACCAUCGACGCCAGUGUCAUUCACAUUCGACGAAAGUCUCGUAGACGACACCAGCGGCAAGCUCCAGCCGAACCAGCUCACAGUAGACAACCUGACCGUGGAGUGGCUCAAGGACAAGCUCACUGAGCUGGAGGCCAGCCUACAGGACAUACGGGAGAAGCAGAGUGCGCUGCAGGGACCAGAAAUUAUCGGCAAUGGCGUGUGCAAGAACAACACGGGCACCAACGGGGUCAAUGGAGUUGAUAGGCUCCUCACGGAUUCGCCGCCGCCAAUACCAGUUACGACGUCCGAACCUAUCAAGCUGUUAGAGCUGCGGAUAUCCGAGAGGAAGUGCGCGAAACAGGCGGAAAUGAUUCGCUCAGCACUGGCGGAGCUCGGCUGUGAGGAGGCGCCCAGUGGCUGCCCGGACCUGUCCGCGGAGACCGUGGGCGUUGACGGCCUCGACGGACACGCGCCCGACAUUCAGGACCGCUCGUCGCUGGGGUCGAAGGCCUCAAUGGACACGUUGCGAUUACACCUACACUCGAUAAUACCGCCGAGGCCCUUCUUCAGAAUGUUCACGCGACCGUUCCGACGGAAGUCGGUCCCGUCGAGUCCGGCGUUGCCCCCCAAAACGUACCGGAGCAGUAGCGAGGGCCCCGACCCGUUGAGUGCGAGUGAGACUGAGCGAUCUUUGGUGGACCAGGAGUGGUUCCACGGCGUGCUACCUCGCGAGGAGGUGGUGAGGCUGCUGAGGAACGACGGUGAUUACCUGGUGCGAGAGACCACCAGGAACCACGCGCGACAGCUGGUGCUCUCCGUCUGCUGGGGUCAGCACAAACAUUUCAUUGUUCAGACUACUCCUGAGGGUCACUAUAGGUUCGAGGGGGCGGCAUUCCCGUCAGUCGGUGAGCUGAUAGCGUGGCAGAGGACCAGCGGAGUGCCGGUGACGGCCAGGUCCGGGGCGCUGCUGCGGAGGGCAGUGCCGCGCGAGACCUGGGAACUGAACAACGACCACGUGCAGCUCUUGGAUAAGAUCGGCAGAGGCAACUUCGGUGAUGUGUACAAGGCGCGGCUCAUCACCACCGGACAGGAGGUGGCGGUGAAAACGUGCCGCGUGGCGCUGCCCGAGGAGCAGAAGCGCACAUUCCUGCAGGAGGGCCGGAUCCUGAAGCAGUACCAGCAUCCCAACGUGGUCCGUCUCAUCGGCAUUGCCGUGCAGAAACAGCCCAUCAUGAUCGUCAUGGAGCUUGUCUCUGGAGGGUCCCUGCUGACGUUCCUGCGCACGCGCGCGGCGCCGCUGGGCGCUCGCUCGCUGGCCGCGAUGUGUCGCGACGCGGCGGCCGGCAUGCGCUACCUGGAGGCCCGGAGCUGCAUCCACCGCGACCUGGCCGCCAGGAACUGUCUGGUCGGCGACGACAACAUCGUCAAGAUAUCCGACUUCGGCAUGUCCCGCGAGGAGGAGGAGUACAUCGUCUCCGGCGGCAUGAAGCAGAUCCCGAUCAAGUGGACCGCUCCUGAAGCACUCAACUUCGGCAAAUACACAUCACUAUGCGACGUGUGGAGCUACGGCGUUCUAAUGUGGGAAAUAUUUUCAAAGGGAGACACUCCGUACGCGGGGAUGAGCAACUCUAGGGCCAGGGAAAAGAUAGACCAAGGUUACCGAAUGCCAGCACCAGAAGGUUGUCCAGAGGAAGUGUACGCACUUAUGUUAAGAUGCUGGGAGUACGAGCCAGAGAAACGACCACACUUCAACCAGAUAUACACCAUCAUCGACAAUAUCUACAAUAGAUAGCGCAAUACAUAAUAUAUACAAAUAAGGCGGGGUAAACACGCGCUUACAACAUCGUUGACCGUGUCCACAACAGAUGAAUAAGUACACAAGUAGGGUGGGGUAACAAACAUCAUAUACACGAUUGAAAAUAUGUACAACAGAAUAAAAAGUACAAAUGCACCCUACAGGAUGUGGUGUUGCAUACAACAUAUUUCGAAGUACUUUAUAGAGGCGUACUACAUAUUAAAGAUAUGUUCUGUCAGAGGCGGCCCUAAGGAGAGCGAGAGGUGCAGUAGCACAAGGCGAUAACUUAAGCGCCAUUUUUACGAAUCGAAAUAAAAAAUUUCGAGCUAAAAACAUAAUUUUACGUGGCGCGGUGUGGCGUUCGAAUGUAAAUUUACUCCAAAAAAAAAUGAAUCAUACCGGCUUGGUAUCUGCGCUUCAUGUUUGUAACAUAUGGACUAUACUGGAUAUGUAUGGUGUACAAGCGUCGGCUAAAUAGCACUAAUGACAAUUUAUUGCGGAUUUAGGCCGAUAUUGUGUAUACAAUCAGCGCGCAAAACUAAAUGAGUUAACAUAUUUUCGAAGUAGCAUUAGCAAAACACACUUAGGAAAUAAAUUCUGAAUAGGUAAUUAAUAAAAGAGCAAAACAUUUUUUAGCACUGACAAUGACAAUACUUCUGAUUGUCUCGCUUUCUUGUAUUGCCGACGGAUAUUGCGAAUUCCUAUUCUGUUUGCGAGAAGAUCGUAAACAAGUAGGCUUAGCAUAAUUAUAUUAGUUAUUUAUGGAACUGUUAUGUAAUAAGGGGUAUUAAAACACGAAUGUGGGUUUAAUACCUAAUAAUCAACAGUUGCAUACAAGACUUAUCUACACCCAUAAUAUGAAUCCCCUAUAAAAUAUUCUGAAACAGUUACUUACUGCUAACAUUAAAAAAGCCAGUCCAGUGUUGUACUGAAUUUUAAUACAACACUCGUUUGGACGAUGUAAUGGUUAUUAGGACAUUGAGUGUUUUAAUGUUGGCAAUAAGCUAACUGUUUUAGAAUCUUUAUUCUUAUUAAUAUAAUCCUCUUGGAUUUAAAGUAUUGGGUGUAUAAACAUAUUAAUUUGAAUAUUUAACGCAACAGGGUGCGGUAACCAAAUUACUCUUCAAUUAGCACACUUUAAAUCUUAGAUAUCAUAUUCGCAUGCAAGUGUUAUAAAUUUCUAUCACGAGUACCUAUUAAAAUACUACUUCUACUUUUCUUCUACUACGAAUACUAGUACUACAUACUAUGUAUAUACUAGUAGGUGCUACGUUUUAAAUAGAUGUCAUAUUCGCGUGCAACAGUAAUUUAUCAAAUGAUACUAAUUAAGGUUGUUGUUCUUUACAAUGGAGACGUCAUAUCGCAGAGAGUAAGUAGAGGUAGAGACUGAGCAAAUGCUACGCACCUCAGCUUAACUUCUACUACUUCCACUUGUAUUUCUAUUCUUGUUUGUGACCGACUGACAUGUGGACGAAGAAUCUUUGGAUGUAUAAAACCACGAUGCUGGUGUAGAAAAAUUAAAAUAUUUACAUGUGAUAAAUAUACUUAAUAUAGAUAGGUUCAGCUGGCAAAACUAGAUACUUGGAUAGGAAUAAGUGCAAGCGAGUUCGCAAUAUAGGCAAUACUACUCCCUCAAGACGUUCUUCGAACGUCACUACGAUAGUAUCAAUAUAUUCAUACUUAUGUAUAAUUGAAUUAUUAUGUUAUACUUGAGUUUAUAAAUUGAUAUGUAUGUAUUCAGUAGUUUUAAAAUUUUAUACAGUUAAAUAAAGCAAUGUUUUAGUAGUAAGAUGUUGACUGUAUUGUGUAUUUUGUUUAUAUAUUUUAUAUAUUAUAGUCUAGUUCUACUUAGCAAGUACAUUAUUCAGAUGUAAGUAAAUUGGCAUGAAAUGAUAAAAUUAUGUUGAUCUCUUGUUUAGGACGAAUUGUAUCAGAUAUAGAUUAUAAUAGUUUUACUUGAUAAAAUUAUAUUGAAUUCUAUGUUAAGAAUAGUUUUAUACGUACACAAUUAAUUGAUUUAAAACUUUCAAAUCAUCCAAUCGCAGUUUGGCGGCAGUGCAGUUUUAAAAGAUAUUGUAAAACUAAAACCAACUCGCGGAAUUUUAAUUAAUAAUUUAAAUGAUCAGUAAAUCAUGAUAUUUUUAAAAGUAAUAAAAUAUUAUAAUUUGUGUAAGGUUUUUGAUGUGUAUCUUUUAGUGUAUGCAAUGAAAUGGCAAUAUGUAAUGUGAUCAAUUAUGUGCUUCCAUAUUUGAUAUUGAAACGGUCAAGAUAUUUCUUGCCAGAAGUGAGAUAAAGUUAAGUAUUGAAUGCUUAGUAUUAUCGUUGAAGUAUAUUAUGUAAUACUUCAUUUAUAUUGUAAAUAUAUUUUAUUUUGAUAUAAAUCAAUAAAGUGCCACAUUAAUUUGCUA